UUUUAGACAGUGAUGUUUCGAUAUUAAGUUUCUCGGUUUUUUAACUUAACUGUUUAUAUCGGACUGUAUACAGUGCUUGUUUAAUCGUUAUAAUACACGAAAAGAGUACUCUUGGUCAAUGGAGGAAGUUAAAAAAAGAUUGGAUCUGCUUCAUUGCAGUCAAUCACAAAAUUUAUUAAGGGAUUUAAUGUUCAGAGAUUUGGGAUUUUGUAUGGUACAUAAACCUAGUACACAAUUAAAAUCAGCGGCUGAAACAAAUCUUGUGUUGAAAAAUUAUAAGGAAUUGAAAUGUAACUUACCUGGAAUUCCUAGAACCACAUUUUUAAUGGUUUUUAGUCCAGAUGGGACUAAAAUGGCAUCAACACACGGCGAUCACAAUGUGUAUAUUACUGAAAUUGCAACUCUUAAAACUGUUCAAACAUUAUCUGGUCAUCCACGUACUCCAUGGUCCAUUGCAUUUUAUCCCGCUUCUAGUCACAUUUUGGCUUCUGGUUGUUUAGGUGGUCAAGUUCGUGUUUGGGAUUUAAACGGUGGUAGUAAAGUUUGGAUUACCAAAAAUCAGAAACCUAUAGCUUCUCUUGUUUUUCAUCCAACUGAAAGGUUACUUGUUAUAGCAACAUCUAACAAAAUAUAUUUUUGGGAUUGGACUGUAUCUGAACCUUACGUUGUUGCAAUGACCGGAACAUAUGAAGAGAAAGUAAGAUAUGUGGCGUUUGACAAUUUAGGAUGCAAAUUGAUCACAGGCAUUUCAAAUAUUCCACAAAGGCUAGAAACAUUUGAAAGUGGGCAUUAUCGUGUACAAGCAUGGGACUUUUCCAACAAGGAAACACCUGACAUUACCAAUUACAACAAAAACAUUGUUGUCCGAGAAUGCGGAAUUUCCCAUGAUGCUACCAUAGAAAUUUUUUUGGAUGGAAAACUAUUAAUAGCUGUGCUCCCAUUACUUCGAUCGCCUGUCCUGGAGACUAUUUUAGAAGUUUAUAGUUUACAAUGGGAAACAUUAGGCGAAAAAAUAUAUUCAGCGAAAAUACCUGAGUACGCCGUUUCUGUUUCAAUUUCCCCGACGCAGCAAUAUCUUUUAGUCGGUCUCACGAGAAAUCGCGAUUUGAAGAAACAUAUUCCUAUGGCUUUAAUUUACCAAUUAAUAGACAAGGAGAGCCAAAGUGAGGAACAAAUGUCCAGUGAAACCGAUGCUGAAUUUAAUUCGCAUGAAUCAGCGGCGGACGAUAUGGAAGAUAGUUUGAGUAUUAAAAAUAAAAGAAGGUUUGGAUUAGGUAUGGUGCUCAUUCGAGAGUUACUGCACAACGAGAAAGACAUUAAAUGCCCGAGUAUAAAUUGUAUUAAAUGGAUGCCACAGCCUGGACAGGGAAUGGUUUAUGCUACCAAUACUGGAGGAUUAAAUAUUCUUUAUUAAUUUGUAUGUAUUAUGUGUCUAGUGUGUAUUUAUAAGAACCAUGUAUAUACUGUCAGGGGCAUUGCUAUUCAUUCGUGAUGUAAUAGCCACCUUUCCUUUAUGCUCGCAUCAUUCUUCCAUUUGGAAACUAUACCUUGUUCCU